CCGAGUCCAGCUGUGCCACAUCCCCACCUUGUCCCCAACUCAGAGCACCGAGUGCCGCCUCCAGGGAUGGGCUCUCCAAACCUCCCUGGGCAGUUGCAGUGCCUGAGCACCCUUUCCAUGGGGAAAUUCCUGCUGAUUCCACCCGGAGCCUGCCCUGGCCCAGCCCGAGGUGGUUUCCUCUCAUCCUGGAUGCCCUCCUGGCUGUCCCCUCCUGUCAGGGAGCUGUGCAGAGCCACAAGGGCCGCCCUGAGCCUCCUUUUCUCCAGGCUGAGCCCCUUUCCCAGCUCCCCCAGCUCCGUUCCCUUCUCUGAACGCACACAGGGACCCUCAGCCUCCUCAAAGCCUGGGGAAUGACCAUGGUUUGCUUCGUGGUCUCUGCAUCCAUCACGGAUGGUAACACCAUUCAUGCUGCCAGUGCUGCUGAAACAAUUAGAAAAAGUAGGUAUUUUCAUAGAAUUUAUUAUUUCUAAUUUGCAACCCUGUGCAAACUGAACUCCGGGAAGUAAUCUGGAGCAGUAUUUUAGUGACAAAGAAAACAUCAGUGGGACUUGACGUAAAUUCUUCCCUGUGAGGCCAUGGCACAGGGUACCCAGAGAAGCUGUGGAUGCCCCAUCCCUGGGAAGUGUUCAAGGCCAGCUUGAAUGGGGCUUGGAGCAACCUGGGAUAGUGGAAGGUGUCUCUGCACAUGGCAGGGGGUGGAACUGGAUGGUGUUUAAGGUUUCUUCCAACCCAAACCAUUCCAUGAUUCUAUGACUUGAGCUCUCCAGUGGUUUGAGAAUGCCAGUUGUCACCGUCCAUACCCAACAAACCCAUGGCUGCCAUGGGACCCCGAGCACCAGCACGGGCUGGACUGACCCGCCAGGCAUCCUGUCAGUGUCACACAUCUGUUGCUGCCUGAAGGACAAAAAGGUAUUUGAUGUUUCAUAAUUGUUUUGCACGUGGCUGGAGUGGGUGCACUGCUUGGAGAGGAAAUCCUUGUAUCAGUGCAGGCACUGCAGCAGCACCUGCACCAAAGAGAUGCCAGGGUUUCCCCGCUGGAGAGACAAACAAGACAUCAAACAACCUUCAGCCCAGAGUCCCCUUACCAUUGGUACAAACAGAUCAAUAACUUGGAUGAAAUAUAUCAAUACAUGGCUUCGGGCAGCGGCAAUGUGUGCUAAACUCUAGCACUGACCCAGGGACCAGGGGACAUGCAGCCCCUCAGUCCCUGGCUCCACUCACCGACCCCCGGCUCCCCUCAGUCCCCGGCUCGUCUCACCAACCCCUCGCUGCCCACUCAGUCCCGGCUGGUCUCACAACCCUUCGCUCCUUUCACUGACCUAUCCCCGGUUCCCCUCACAGAGGCCCAGCCCGGCUCCUCUCAGUCCCCGGUUCCCCUCAUUGACCCCUGAAUUCCCCUCACCGCCCCUCAGCCCCGGUUCCCCUCACCGACCCUUUUGUCCCCCGGUUCCCCUCGCCGCCCCCUCAGCUGCGGCUCCUUUCAGCCCCCGGUUCCCCUCACUUAGCCUCAGUCUCCGGUUACCCUCAGUCCCCGCUCCCCUCACCGACCCUCGUCUCUCCUCACUAAGCCUCAGUCCCCGGUUACCCUCACAGCCCCCAGCCCCGGUUCCCCUCAUGCCCGCGGUCCCGCCGCAGAUGGAGCGCGGCCGCCACGCCCGCCCGCCCGUGCCGCUGGUGUACGUGAACAGCUUCGGCUCGCACCGCUGCGGCACCGUGAUCCGCCUGGGCCGGGGCUGGCGGCAGAGCCCCGGGCAGAGCCCCCCGGGCCGGGCCGGGGCCCCGAGGGCCGCCCCGGAGCCGCGGGCCGGGCGCAGUGCCGGGCCGGGCGGCAGCGGGAGGCGAGCGGGGAGCGGCGGCGAGGCGAGAGCCGGCAGCCGCACCAGCAAUGACCCUCGAGAGGCUAAGGCUGACACCUUUGACUUUCCCAUCCCUUCAAGAGACGUUGAUAAAGUCAUUAAACGAAAGAAGAAAAAGUCCAAAGUCUGGCACAAAGUCUGGAAAGUGAUUUCAAAAAUGCUUGAGGAAAAUGAAAGGUUCAGAAGUCGACUGUUGACCUGCAGCCAGUUUGAUGGAGAAGGUUCUGACAGGAUCCAGAGGUCACAGAAUGGGGCAUACCUGGACAGGGAUGAGUCCAUCUUUGGCUGGGUGUAGCAAGGAAAUAAAGGAAGAUUCAGCCCCAAAGGAAAUAUAAACAAAGUGAAAGCUUUUAUUUUGAUCUAGUUCUUCCUGGAGUCAGUGCAAGACUGCAAAGUGACUUCAGGGAACACAGGUUCUCUGUUGUUUGCUUGGUGUUUGUGCUUCUGCUGUUUAAGAUGUUUGUUUUUACAGUGGCUUAAACAGCUCUGUUGCAAGAUAUUUAUCUCAAGCCAUUAAGUCUAGUGUUUCACUGAGCUAUUAGUUUUAGAAAGCUUUUUAAUGAGUAUAAUAAUGUGACAGUUUUCUUGCAAAAGAAGAGAUACACAUUUACUGUUGUCUCUGUAUUUGUAUCUUUUAUUUUUGUAGCUUGUCAGAACAAUAAACACAAAUUCAGUAAGGCAGAACUCCACACAAGACAUAAACCCCACUUUCCUUUUUUCCUGGUUUGCAUAAAUUUGACUUUAUGAUAUUAAAAUAUUACACAAUAACCCUCUCUGUUCUUUCAUCCAUUUAUACAUGAAUCUCAGCAAGGAUCUGGAAUAUGAAACCAGGUGAAUGUUUUCUCUCUCUGUUCAUCCUGAGGCACAUAAUGGUACCAUCACAAUCAGGAGGUGUUGUUUAUCUACCUGACUUCAAUAACACAAUAUCAUUUUCUUCUGUUCUGCAGCUUAAUACUUGAACCCUUGAUUGACUGUUAAAGCCUUUUAAGCCAGCAAAUUGUGUAAAUGGAACAUGAAAACUGCAUAAAAAUAGUUAUGUAUAUGGGGUUCAUCUCAGGAGUAAAACAUUCACCUGUCACAAUGAGACCUCCUUGCUUUCAAUAAAAGGAUUGUUUUC